CGAUAUGUGGGUUCAACAGCUGAUCGUAGCUUCACUCCUGGGUGUCUCCUUAGCCAAUAGCGUACGCUACAUUGUUAUCUCCCCCAGGACAGUUCGGCCAGCUAUGGUUUACAACAUGGCCGCAAUGGUGACGUCAGAAGAGCUGGAAGACGUGUUCGUACAUGCCAGCAUCAGCUGUGACAAUCAGCUGGUAGCAGAGUCUACUGCCGUCCUUCCUACAAACACUCUUAACUUGCUGCCUGUCAGGGUUGCUAUGUCAAUUUCACCUGGAAAUUACUCCCUUAAUGUUGAAGUAAAAAACAAAGGAAUGGUUCUUUUUCGCAACAGUUCUGAACUCGUGUUUGAUCCAAGAUUUUUGUCAAUUGUUGUACAAACAAGUCGACCAAUCUAUAGGGCUGGACAAGAAGUGCGGUUUAGAGUAGUGACUCUUCAAACAGAUCUGAAGCCUUUCAAUGACGGACUGGAGAUUUAUGUCCUUGAUCCAGAUGGCCUCAUAAUGAGGAGAUGGUUGUCAGCAUACACUAACAAUGGUGUUUCAAGCAAGAGGUUCAAACUACCAAAAUUAGUCAAAGAUGGUUACUGGAAGAUCCGGGUAAAAGCUUGGAACCAGAUUGUCGAGCAGAUGAUGAGGGUGGAAACUUAUUUUGAUCCUCUGUUUGAGGUGCAUGUUACGCUGCCUCCCUAUAUAACACAGACUGUGGAAUCCAUUGUGGGAUCAGUCUGUGGACGUUUUCCGACACAGAGAUUGGUGGAGGGAAACGGCACUGUUACUCUGUAUGCAAGAAAGUGGAAAAACGAUGAAUCAUUUAAUAUGGUGUGGACUGAGGAUGUAUUUUUUAAAGGGAAAGAACAUCCCAUUCAAAUUCCAACGGAGCUGAUUUCUUCCAAGCUGGGCUCUCUAGAUGAUAUCGAGGUGAAACUCCAUGCUUCAAUCACUGAGUUGUUGUCUCUAGAAAGGGUUGAAGGCUUCAGUCACUCUAGAUUGAUUUCUAAAGAUAUCCACCUCAGAUUUCUAUGCCCCUCUCCAGCAACGUUUAAACCUGGUUUCCCAUUUUACUGUCAUAUAGCAGUUUUUCACGAUGGGAAUGAAAAAAUACCGCAAGAAAUACUGAAAUCCUCAAGGCUACGCAUUAAAGGAGAUAUAGAAGAGGAAGGUGGGCAGAGAAUUAGACUAUCAGAUAUAAUAGCUGGCAGCGGCUUUGAAAAUACUUGGAAUGAUGAGGAAAAUUACAUCAAUGACAAAACGAAAGAGAACUUUGUUGAUGAACUAUCUAAUGACAAUUACUUACAAGAAGGAGUCCUUCACUUCAGUUUCGAUACUUCCAACAAUACUAGAAAGCUUUCAAUCAAAGCUUUGUUCGUCAGUGAAGAAGGAACGUCAGUAGAAGCUGCACUUGAAGCUGUCAGCUAUUUCUCUUCUACAACAAAGUUCAUAAGUGUUUCUUCUUCGUCGAGAAACUUAAAUGUUGACGAAUUUGCAAUAUUCCAUGUUAAAUCUAACUUCAGGAUGGACAGUUUUCAGUAUAUUGUGGUUUCUAAAAGUGAGAUACUCUUAUGUGGUGAACAAACUGUUGAGGGUUCCUCAGUAACAUCAACAUUCUCUCUCAGUCUCAGCAGACGUAUGGCUCCAGGGUUCAGACUAUUGGUGUAUCACAUCACAACAGACGGGCAAUUGUUGUCUGACAGUGUCUUCCUACCUGUAGACGGCUUCCAUAAGUAUAACACAGAGCUAGAGGUCCACACUGGCAAGGAUCACAAGUCCGAGCGUGUUGAGGCCAGAGUCAGCGGGGGUGAGGGGGCCUUUAUUGGUAUCCAUGCUACAAGAGCCCCAGCCUUCAACAUGCAGGCGGGGCAUGAGAUAUCUCUGGGGCGACUGGUGGAGCAGUUCAUGCUUUUGGACAACUCCAGGAACUUUAAUAAAAUGAGGUGGAAAAGUCAGGAUGGCACUACAGCUGCUGAGGUAAAUUACUACAUGAUGAUGGACGAUGGUCUUAACACAAACCACACAUUCACAUCAGCAGGACUGAACUUGUUUACCUCAGAGGAUAUUCAACAGACUCAAGCAAUGUGUGAUGCUGCACCAGAGUUGCCUUGUGAUGCUAACAGUUGCUAUCCAGCCAACAAGACUUGCGAUGGAGAAGUGGAUUGUACGUCAGGAUUCGAUGAAAUUGCUUGUUUAAUAUCUGAUGAAGUGGAGUAUAAAUAUAAAAUCACCAGGACAAGUAGAAAUGAGUUCCUGUAUGACAUGAGAGAAGGUGACUGGGGAUGGAGGGAGAUCAAGGUCAAUGACCACGAAGGUGUAGAGUUUGAACCUCUGAUAGCUCCUCAGACAGCAGACGAUUGGUACUUUACUGCCUUCAGCAUCAACAACGACUACGGCUUCAGCAUCAUACCUGAGCCUAUUGUUUUUUCAAGCAGGCGCCACCUUAUGAUGCACAUGAAUGGCCCAAGCUCGUGCUAUGCAGGUGAGCAGAUUGGACUCCAGGUGGACCUCUUUAACCACCACCACUCGGAGGCGCUGGUGGUUUUGACACUCAAAGGCUCGCCACUCUACAAGUUCGUACAUGUUGAAGCAGGUGGCAGUGUGUCCAGCUACUCAGCCCGUCUCUCAUCUGGUGAUCAUCAGUUGUUGGUGUAUAUGCCCCCAGAAUCACAGCAGCACAUAGACUUUCCAGUGGUACCAACUGUUCAGCAGGGACAAAUGGAGGUGACAGUCGUCUGCACUGCCCAGACAGGCUCUAUAGAGAGAACACUCACCAUUACUGUACAUGGAGGAGGAGCCAUGAUCAACAAGCAUACUUCAGUUUUCCUGGACUUGAAGAACAGAGCUCUAGUGAUGUCCUACUUGGACAUUAUAGUUGAAGAGAGUCCAAUAAUACCUUACAACAUGACCCGACGCUAUGUCUACGGCAGCACUUCAGCCUCAAUUGAGCUGUUCGGUGAUAUAAUCGGACCUGUAUUCUCUUCUGUGCCAGCAACUAUGGAAUCAACAUUGAAAACCUCAGCUAAAGGAACUUUGGCAAGAGUUUUUGAGUUUGGUGUCAACAUCUGGACUCUGCACUAUCUCCGUUUGACCAACAAACUACAGAGGCCGUUUUUAAAAGAAGUUUUGUUUGAGUGCAAUGCGAUAUAUGCUCAAAUUAUAAAAAGAUUUAACAUUGAUGGAUCGUUUAGAAACUGGGAUUCCUCAGGGUUUAGUGUUUGGUUGACAGCGUGGGUUCUCCAGAUGCUAAAGGCAGCCUCUUACCCAGACUGGGAGUUUUUGUUGUUCCUGGACCCAAGUAUUCCAGAUAGAAGCAUCACAUGGCUGCUUCAGUUUCAAGCUCCCAACGGCAGUUUUGUGGAACCAUACCCUGAUAUUGAUUCAAAAUUAAAUUCUCAGACUAGACACAUCUCCCUGACAGCUCACGUGUUAUUGACACUGUGCCAGUGCAUGUCUAUGUUGUCUGGAGAGAUCAAGAUUAGAGCUGCAGUCGCGAGUGGCAGGGCAGCAACCUACCUUGAGCGGCUGCUAGGCUCUCUCAGCGACCCCCACCUCCUGGCGGUGUCUGUCUACGCUCUAUCUGUGGGUAUGGGAGCAGAUGUGGAGCUAGGGUAUCAUAGACUCAUGCAGGCCCAAAGGACUAACAGUGAAGGAUUUAUAUUCUGGUCGCCGAGAGACAUUGCCGCCAACCCCAUGAAGAAGGAGAACCAGCGACCGUUCCUGAGGCCCAGGCAGUACCAGGAGCAGGACUCAGUGGCAGUAGAGACCACGUCCUGGGUGUUGCUGAUCCUGCUACACCGUGAGGGCGUCACUGACACGGCGGAGAGGAUCGUAAAGUGGCUCAACUCUGUCAAGAUGACAUCUGGCGGGUUUAUCUCACCUGUGGACACGUUGAUCGCUAUCCAGUCUUUGACGGAAUAUGCAUUCCGAGCCAGACUACAUGAGAUCACCAACAUGGACGUCACCAUCGAGCUGCCGACAUCAGACAAUCUGCGGACCAAAGUGCACAUUGACAACUCAACCGUCUUGUUUCAAAGUCACUUGCAGAUUCCAAAAGUGUGGGGAAACGUGAUCAUCCAAGCCCAAGGAGCUGGGCAAGCUGUGGCUCAGUUGGAUGUUAACUACGGCAUUGACCACGAGAUGUUUGUAGAGGUCCCCACACUGCCAAGCUUUGACUUGAACAUCACCGAGUACUACUCCACCUUCAGAAACAAGUCAGCCCUUACGAUUCAAAGCUGCUUGAGGUGGUUGCGUGAUGAUCCUCCUACAAGCAGUGCUGCCACACUUGAGAUAGACUCUCCCACAGGAUACUCCAUGGUGGAGUCAGAGGCAGAAGUGAUCUCCAGGCUAGGAACACAUCCUACAUUGCGAGACGGGCACAUAACAUACACCAGGAGCUUGUGGUUCUUUGAAAAGGUUGAGAAGCACUGGACGUGUUUCAACUUCACUCUCAAGCGAUGGUUCCCUGUAGCCAACAUAACACUGCACAGACAAGCGUUGUUGUAUGAAGCCACUGCUAGAGAAAGAUUCGUGCAAGUGGUGUUCAACUCCACCCCUCUCCAUGUACUGAACAUCUGUGAGGUCUGUGGCUCGUACCAAUGUCCCUAUUGCCCUCACUACAGCUCUGCCACUCUGCAAUCCGUCUCUCUCUAUAUUGCAACUGUCUCUCUACUGUUAAAAACCAUUAUAUCAAGUAUCCAUGAUGAAGACCCCUCGUUUGAUGUGGAAGGGUACUUUGUUCAUGGGUUGUCUUACACGAUGUACGCAACUUCCCUGUGGCUGGCUCCGUCAGUCGUAUGUCUCACGGGUCCAAGGCUCGGGAUGUUUCUUGCCGCUACUGGCUACACAUACUAUGUGUUGGCAUUUACACUAGAGAAGGAAUGGGCUAUCUACUCGGCAGCUAUUUUCAUGGGUUUCUGCGCUGCUGUACUAUGGACUUCAGAAAACAAGUAUCUUUUGUCCAACUCCACCCCACCUACUAGGACAAGGAAUAUAAGCAUAUUCUGGUUCUUUUACAGUUCAUCGGAGUUCUAUGGCAACUUGAUCAUCUACUUCCAGCUAGCAGGCAAACGACUGAUGGAUGGACCGACAAGACACUGGCUACUAUAUGCGCUCACAGCAAUGUCGUGUGUUGCGCUCGUGUUGCUGCUACUGCUGCGCCAUGGAGGCAACACUCAACGGCAACCUCCCACCGAUCCAGUCAAGGCACUCAGGAAAACCUGGGCCAUUUUCUUGAGCCGUGAUGUUAGGAUGCUUUCCCUUACUUUUUGUUACGUUGGUUUGGCGCAAGCUUUUGCUUUUGGAGUGUACAGCCCGAGUGUUGGUUUUACUCUUGCAUUUGGAAACAAUGCAAAGCAGCUCGUAGCGUUGUCGGGCAUCUUCCUUGGAAUGGGAGAAAUGAUAUGUGGAGGAUUGCAGGUGGUGCUGAGUAAACGUAUCCACAACCAUCGUCAUGGUAGAUCUGCCAUCGUAGUGUUUGGCUUCACACUGCAUCUGGUAGCGUACGCUUGCAUCUACAUUAACCUGCCCAACUCAGCUGUGUUUGGCAACACUGAUGACCCUGCCUACAUCAACAGCAGUGUAUACCUGGCUAUCCUGAGCAGUCUGAUGCUAGGUCUGGCUGACUGUAGUCUCAACACGCAGGUUUACUCUCUGUUGGCAGCCAUGUACCCAGAGAACGGAGCAGAGACUUCUGCUCUAUACAAGUUCGCCAAGGCCGUGGUGAAGGCAACCAGUUUCUACUCAUCCAACCAUCUCGGACUUCACACACACCUUCACAUACUCAUCACCUUGGCCUUCGUCGGAGUUGUUGCCUUCCUUGUUUCAGACAAUAAGCUGGAGUGUCGAAGAGCUGAAGGAGAGUUACUAGAACUAGGUAAAAGUGAUGACAACUUAAUUUCUUAGACUUCAAUAGACUCAAUAGCUGAAAUGACUGACUAUUUCAACCAGUGUGACUAACAUGAGUGAUUUAAGGCAAUUCAUUUUUUAUUUGUUUUGGCAAAGAGCCCCAAUGUGAAAGAGAUGCAUUUUAACUUUACCGAUUGCUAUUUUGUAUAUAUGUAUUUAUG